AGGUACAAAGAAAACCUGAAAAUCUUAUUUCCACUGAAAGUAAUUUGAAUUAUUUAGCAAUGAAGCCAAAAGGUAUUUUGAGUUUGGAACAUUUUAAUGUUCUUCUAGCAAAAUACUUGCUAGAAGAUAACUUAGACAGUUUUUUUGGCAGUAAUUGGAGACAUGGGAAAAGAUGUGUGGUAGGUAAGUAGCAGUUUAAGAAACAAAAUCAUAUAUGAUUUUUAUUUUCAUAGCAAGUUUGUUGCUCAUUUGAUUUGCAACAGUGAUCCAAACGAAAGCUGGAAAAGGAAGAAUGAUGCAGGAGUUCAGCACACUAGAAUCAUUUUAUUCCAUGUAUAGAAACAGUUUCAUGUACAGAAACCCAAUACAGUCUCACUGGAAUUGCAGCAGAAUUCAUUUUUAUGGAAGCUCUGUAAUCAGAUUAUAAGUGGUGGGCUGCCUGAAUUUAAUCCUGUAAAGUAAGGACUGAGUGAGCUCUGUUCUUGAAGCACUGCAAUGUAUGCUGACCCUCAAACAGGUGAGUAGUACCAAGAUUCAUCUCUAAUGAUUACUGGUGGUUUAAGUUCUUUGCUUAGAACAAUAGGCCAGUAACUCUAUUGGUAACUCCAUUGAAACUGUUCACUGGUUUAGCAGCAUUACUGGACCUUUCCUGGAUCAAGCUGUAUUGUGAUAGGUUCUGCUUCCAUUUUCUUGAAUACUAGGCGUGUAACACAAAACACCUAUGCUAUACACAAGUAUUCACCUCAGCCACGUCUUGUGGGCUAUAUGGUCCUGAUUGACUCAUGCCUUUCUGGGAACGAAAGGGGGGAAAAAAGUGAAAAUUAGUUAAGGACUAGAACGUAUGUAGGAAACAGCAGAAGGAGACUGUUUUCGUAGUUUGUUCAGUAUGUUUUAGGAGCCAAAAAUCUGAAAUGCUGAAGAUCAGUGAAGACUUUGAGUAGAAUCAUUGAAACCAGAUAAAGGUACGAUGGAAGAAGUGUAAAACCUAUGAGUUGCUGUCAUGAAUAGCUUCCUAUUUUUUUUUUAUUUUUUUUAAGAAUGCUGUCAGUCUUGUCUACGAUAGCAGUAGAGCUGUAGUGGAAAUAAGAGCUUGAUAUCUUAGGUAGUGAUGAUGUCUACACUUGACUUGGUGCCAUUAUACUUUUUUUAAACAGAUAAAUUACUUUUGCCUACAGGUGUUUGAUCUCGUGGUGUUGGAAGAAAGAGAAAAUUGCAAAUCACUUUUCAGCGUGCAGGAACAGACACUGAAACUAUGAUUUGUUUGUGAAAGCAUGGACAUCUUGUCCCAGUUUAGAUCCUGUAAGAUGUUUCAGAUGCUGGCAUGCGGCUGGCAAAGAGAAUGUAAGGAGAACCUGAGCACUCGUAGAAAGGCAGCUGAAGGCCAGAUAGAAAAUCCAAUUAGAUAAUCUUUAUGCUACCAUUGUACACAGAAGCCUUUAAAAGGACUUGAAUCUGUUCUGCAGAAACCUUGUAGUUAAGAUUUGUGAUGCUGCAAUCUGAUGGAUGUGGGAAGAUAUCCCAAAUAUGCCAUUGCUGUGAGGAUUCAGGGAGGUUCUUCCUGGUGUGUGUUUUCCAGCAGAGUCUUUGUACUGCUUCCUGCUCUGCGCCUGCCUUAUGUUUGCUCAAGUAGUGAUGAAUAGUGAUCAAUAACGUAAUAAUUCUUAGAACCUUCUUAGAAGGUUCAUACAUAUCUCUUUCUUUUAAAACAUACACACAUUCUUGGUCCACUAGAAAUGGAAGGCAUUGAGUUAAUGCUUUUGUUUUAAAAUAAGAAUUAAGUAAGGAGAAAUUUCAGCUUUUUUCUCUUACUAACACAUUGCCCACACAAUCUAUGGGUAAUUAGGUUCUUAAUAAGUGGAUUGUAGAUUGCACGGAGAGGUGAAAUGCUGACAGUGCUAGUGAAUGAAACUGCUGAACAGAUGUUUGGCACAGCUGUUACCCUACCCCCUAGUUUUAGUAGUCUUCAUUUUGUGGAGUUGGUGAGAAUAAGCAUUGUUCUCAAUUUCCUUCUUGGGACUACAGUCUGACUGUACAGAAAUUUUGUUCUUCUGUUCCACUCCUAGUAGCUUCUAUUUGACACACGGUUCAGUACUUGCACUAUCACUAUAUUUGUAGUCUUUUCUCAUCUCAGUGUACCCCAGCAGGAGCAGAUGAGGUAGACUUGAUGGCUGAACACAGUACUGAAAUAUUCAGGCUAUACUGGCUGGUCUUCUCAUAUAGAUGUAAUUACAUUAUCCUACCAGAACUUUAUUGUAAGGAAGGUUUGUUGUAGCUGAAAAAGUGUGCCAAAGAAGUGCAGAGCCACCUAACCAAAACUGAGCACCUGAGGAUCUUGUCAUCUUCAGUGAGAUCCAGCAAAGAGUUUGGGGAAGUUGAAGAAGCAUCUACUGGGGAAAAUGGGGAAGGCAAGGAAAAAAGGAGAGAGCUCCAGUAGUGCAAGCUGUGAAAUCAGAUGGGGAGAAAGGACACAACACAGAACUAUGAUAGCAACCGGAGGAGUCAUAACAGGACUGGCUGCCUUGAAAAGGCAAGACUCUGCCAGAUCUCAGCAGCAUGUAAAUCUUGCCGCAGCACCAGCCUGUGAGGAGAAGAAACCAGUCAGACGCCGACCCAGGGCAGAUGUAGUCAUUGUCAGGGGCAAAAUUCGACUUUAUUCUCCAUCAGGAUUCUUCCUUGUUUUGGGAGUGCUUAUUGCAUUCUUGGGAAUUGCAAUGGCCGUCCUUGGAUACUGGCCCCAAAAGGAACAGCUUUUGGCAUCUGAAGAUAGUGUAUCAGUUAAUGAAACCCAGCUCCUAAGAAACCAAGGAAGCAUUUUACUUCGUUUCUUUGAGCAGCAUGUGCACUCAGAUAAGAUGAAAAUGUUGGGCCCUUUUACCAUGGGUAUUGGAAUCUUCAUUUUUAUUUGUGCAAAUGCCAUUCUACAUGAAAACCGCGACAAGGAAACAAAAAUCAUACACAUGAGAGACAUAUACUCCACUGUAAUAGACAUCCACACCUUGAGGAUCAAGGAACAAAAGCAGUUGAGUGGUGCCUUUGCUGGUUUGUUAGGGGAAGGAGAACUCAGGCACAGUGGGAGCUUGUGUGCAUCCCGGCUGGCCGCUAACACAAUUGCACCUUUCUCUGGCUUCAAAAGUAAUUUUAGAAUGGAUAGUUCUGCUGAAGAAGAUGAAAUUACUCUAAAUGAAGAUAGGACCACUGCUAGCCUACUACCACCUCUGCUGACUGACCAAUCUGGUUCGGUCUUUGGACUUUGCCCUCAUUCCAGCAAGGCUUCAGAUGACAAAAAUACUAGUUCUAUAAGGUGUGAAACAAAAUCCAUUGUAUCAUCUUCCAUUAGUGCUUUCACACUGCCGGUAAUUAAACUGAAUAAUUGUGUUAUUGAUGAGCCCAGUAUAGACAACAUAACUGAGGACUCUGAGAUCACAAGGAGUCGGUCCAGAAAUCUCUCGAUGGACUCUUUGGCCAUUCCAUUAACUGAUACCAAUGAAUCCUGCAAGCCGGCCAUGCUACCACGACAUAAUUCAUUUGUGGACACUCAAUAUGACCAGUUCAAGUCUUCUGUGAUCCUUGGACCAAGCACAGGAAAGCUUUUAUCCCCUGGUGCUGCCAGGAAACAGUUUGGUUCCAACACAUCUUUGCAUCUUCUGUCUUCACAUUCAAAGUCCCUGGAUUUGGACAGGGGUCCAUCUACACUCACUGUCCAAGCUGAACAAAGGAAACAUCCCAGCUGGCCCAGGCUGGAUCGGAGCAACAGUAAAGGAUAUAUGAAAUUAGAAAACAAGGAAGACCCAAUGGAUAGGUUACUUGUGCCACAAGCAGUGAUAAAAAAAGACUUUACCAAUAAGGAAAAGCUUCUUAUGAUAUCAAGAUCUCAUAAUAAUUUGAGUUUUGAACAUGAUGAGUUUUUGAGUAACAAUUUAAAGCGGGGAACUUCAGAAACAAGGUUUUAAUAUUUAAAUUGGAAUCUACAAGAUAUCAUACAGUAUUUAAAAAACAAAACAAAACAUUUUGACAAGUGUUUCCUUUUCGGUGAAAAUUGUACAAGCCUGUUUUUAACCAAAUGCUUAAUAGCAUAUUAAAAUUGGCUUGUGCAAACAGAUCUUCAUCUUUGUAAGGCCAAGUUUUUUGUCAUAGUACCAUACAGUUGCAAUAUUGUACAUUAUCAGUGCUCAGAGAGUUUUGGUACAACUGUUCCAAAUUUUUUCCAACUCAUUUUUCCUUCUGUUCUAUAUAGGCAUGUUAGUUUCUACCAAUUUGACUCCAAAAGUCUGCAUUAGAAUAAAAGCUCAAUUUAUUUGUAAGUUCUUUUAUUUAACAACUGCAAGACUCUAAAAAUUGUAUUCAUGUUCUAGAAUGGGAAGUGAGCCGCAGUUCAUACUGGAAUUGUUAAAUUCAGGCCUUUAUCCUGGGUGUUGUAUUUCACAUAUGGUACAUCUCAGUAACUAUAAUCUUGCCACUAUCAUUUGAGAAACUUGUUUACAUAUUGAGGUGGGUGGUUAAAGAAGAGUGAGUAUAAUUAAGAACAUUUCUGUUAAUUCAUUGUUACUGAUCAAGUUGAAUACUAGUGUUGUGAAUUAUUUACUAUACUUUGUACAACAAUGUUUCUACAUACAUUAUAAUUUAUAUAAACCAGUAAUUCCAGGAAAAAAUAUUAAAGAAAUCUGAAAAUCCUUCUGGGGUCAGCUCUCUAAAGCACUUUGAUUGGCAACAGUUUUAAAAUCAAACUAUUUGGAUUCAUUUAAAAUCAUAGGAACAUAAUGAUUACAUGAUUUUAGAAAUGUGAUAUAUAGUGAAAUGAUAUUGUGACAUUAUUAUGAAGAGGAAAAUGGAAAGUGAAUAUAUUGCCUCUCAAUAGCAAGAAGAUAAAUGACUAGAUCUCUAUGGUCAUAAUAGCUGACACAAAGCGUACAACUCAAUAUGCCUACUAACCCAGUACGAAAGCCCCUUGCCUGAAUUUUGCUUUAGAUUUCACAUUGGCAUGGUGGAUCACUGAAAGCUUAGCUGGAGUAAUUUGCAUUACAAGAUAUUGCAAAAGUUUGUGACAUUUGGAACAAUGUUCUUCUCAUCGCAGCAAACUUCUCAAUUGACAGUUGUAGGCUGUUUAUAAAUAAAGUGAGAAUUUGAGUGUGCAUACCAGAAAGUUUUCAUUCAUUUCAUUAAGGUAUUUAGGCUUUAAUCCUGCCAUGACUGCCGUGGUAGAGAAUGUCACUUCUGGUUGCAAGGCUCACCUAGCAGGAUGCUGGUCUUAACUGGUCACUUCGGAUAUGUACACUUAACUUAAAUGCUCAGGAAUUAUUUUAAAAGGCUUUUCCCAAAAAGAAUCAAACCCGUAAAAACGUUGUUGUACUUCAGUUGGUUAUGAAAGAUCAAAGAUAAAAACAUUCUUUUUUUUUGUAAUAUUCAGCUCCGAGUUUCAACUGCGCAAUGUUUAUGUAUCAGGAGCAUUACUUGCUCAGUGAAUUGAGGCGUAGUGUUAACUAUUAGAACCUCAAGCCUAUAUAUUGUAAUAAAGUUGGCUAAAUAUUUUGCUAUGAAGCUUUUAAUAACUUUCUGGUUUGUGUUCUUAAGACAUUUGCUAUUUUUUGAAACAAAAAUAAAAUGUGUAUCUAUGUAUCUUA